GAAUAUACCAAAUGGUUCCAUUGCAUAGGCAGAGAAAAAGCUGAGCUCCAAUCUCCAUCUUCUCUUGACUUCAGCUUUCUGAAGUCCCGCCAAAUAGUUGAUCCAAUAUACUCCCUCUGUUCCUAAAUACUUGUCGCUGUUUUAGUGCAAGUUUGCAUAAAUGAGCAUAAAUGAGCAUAAAUGAGAACCAUACAUCAGUAGCAUAAAUCAGGAGGGAGUACAUCAGUAGCAUAAAUGAGGACCAUACAUCAGUAGCAUAAAUGAGAACCAUACAUCAGUAGCAUAAAUGAGAACCAUACAUCAAUAGCAUAAAUGAGAAUCAUAAUCAAUCAAUAGCAUAAUGAGCACAACACAAACAACAGCAAAAUCGCUCAUAAUUUAUCGCUGACUAAUUUGCUUUAGGUGGCCACAAAUGAGAACCAUACAUCAAUAGCACAAACGAUGACCAUAAUGACGUUUCUUGCCAUCCAAUUUGCAUUUGGUUUUCAGAUUACGGACAUGCACGGGGAAGACAACUAAUCAUUUGCCUAGCACAACACAGAGAACCAAAGGCAUAGGUCCAUUAUGGUUCUUAACAUCGAGAACCAAAAGCAUCGACUUCUCUUGAUUACUUGUAGACUUGCAAGUGUUGUUCCUAGCCCUCUUCUCUUCUUCCAGCAAAGAAAGCUACACAUUGAUAAUAUCCAAAUUGAGCAAUAUGAGAUUGAAAUCAGCCAUAUAUAGUAUCCUAAUUCCUAUGAACAUGAAACACGGCCAAAUAAAUGCAUUAUAGUCUCUUAACAGAAAAAUUUACAGCCAACCUAACACAACCAACCAUGGAGAUGGCGCCGGCGGAGGUGCUAUUGGCGCCACUGGUGGGGGUAAGCUGCACGAGGGCGCUGUCGCUGGGGAAGAAAUUGAGGGAUAAGGAAGAGUGUUGGACCUUGAUGUGGCUCGCGACGGCGGUGGCGGACGGCAAGGUCAUGGGAGAACAAAUUAGCGGGCAGAGAUCUAAAUGAAAGCACCCAACUAGGCAACCAUGCAAGGAAAUAAAAGCACAUACCUUGUAGGUCGCUGGCUAAGAUGCAGGGAUACGGCACAUACCUGCCAAAUCGGAGCAGGAUACGGCGCAAAACAGGGAUAUGCAGCUAUACGGGUGGGAUACACGUAACCCCGAUUGCCCUCCUUUUUCGAAUUAAAAAAAGAAAUAAAAAGAAAGACGUUUGGAUACGCACGGGGUACUUCACCUGACCUGUUACUACUCGAUCCACAGCCCACUAGAAAGCCUACCCGACGUGGUGAUUCUCAAUCAUGACUCUUGCCGUCACCUCCCAGUUUCAGAUCGCGAUCGCGAACCUCGGCGCAUCGCGAAGCUCUCCGCGCCGGCGGCAGUACCUCACCUGCGAGCUGGAGAAAACCAUGGAAGAUCUCGAGGAAAGUCGACCGAAGUUGGUUGUUCUCCAGUUGCAGAGGCAUGGAGGUUCACUAAUGAACAUAUCUGGCCCUAAUGCCACGAAUGGUGCUACUUUGACAGCUAAAUCUUCAGACAAAAGCAUGGGCUGGCCAGACCUCAAAGAUGCUGUUGAUGAGGCUAAGACCCUUGCAACGAACCGUCUAUUUGAACUGCAUGAGACUCAAGAGGAUAAUCUAAUACUGUCUAGGCAGUUAGAAGAUCUUCAGGGUCAAUUAAAAGACGAUAACUACAUUUUCACAUCAAAACCAUAUACAAUUCUUAGUGACCAGUUACGUCAUCUGAAUACUGAAAUAGAACGAUACAGGGGAUUAGUGGAAGUAUUACAGAACGACAAGAACCAGUUUAUGCAAAGGGAGAAAGAAAUGUGUGCGAAAGGAGAAUCUGUCGACAGUAUUAGACAAUCUAUUACCACUCAUGAGGCCAGAAUUGAAGAACUGGAACAUCAGAUUCUGAAAUCAAUAGCUGAAAAGAAUGAGAUUGAGAUCAAGGUUGAGGAAACCUUGCAAGAUUCAGGUAAAAAAGACUUCAAGGAUGAGAUUCAUGUCAUGGCUGCAGCACUCUCCAAAGAGAUGGAAAUGAUGGAGAACCAAUUGAAUAGAUCAAAGGAUGCAGCUUCUGAAGCACAUGCAUUACGUGAGGAAGCUAAAUCUUUAAGAACUUUGUUAGUUAAAAAGACCGAUGAACAGAAGGAGAUAUCUGAUAGAUACAACACACAAGUCAUUGAGAUCAAGUCCCUCAAAGCAUUGAUUGAGACACUGGACCAGGAAAAACAGGAGUUGGAAUUUAUCGUGGAUAUGUAUGCGAAAGAAUCUUCUGACUCGAGGACAAUUGCAGAUAUCAAGGAAUCAGAAAGCCGAGCUCACAAGCAGGCUGAAUACUUGAGAACUAGUCUAGAGGAGCAUAGUCUCGAGCUUCGUGUAAAAGCAGCAAAUGAAGCUGAAACUGCAUGCCAGCGAAGGCUUUCAAUUGCUGAAGCAGAACUAGAAGAGUUGAGGACCAAGGUAGAUGCAUGUGAAAGAGAUGUUCUGGAACUGAACGAGGCAAUAAGAAUUAAAGAAGCUGAAGGAGAUGCUUAUAUUUCUGAAAUUGAGACAAUUGGUCAAGCAUAUGAAGACAUGCAAACACAAAACCAACAUCUUCUUCAACAGGUUGCUGAUAGAGAUGAUUUUAACAUCAAGUUGGUGUCAGACAGUGUGAAAACAAAGCAAGCCUCUGCAUCUCUUCUCUCUGAAAAGCAUUUGUUACAGAAGCAACUCCUUCAAGUUAACAGCUCUCUGGAGUCUUAUGAGCAAAAAGUUGCCCGUGGUGAAGAGCAGAUGAAGGCCUAUGUUGAACAAGCCGUAAGAACUUCUUCAGAGAACAGGCAUCAUGUAAUUAACAUUGAAAGGACUAUGCUGGAGGUAUCCGAUGCAGAGAAGGAGCUCAAGUGGCUUCGGUCUAGUAUUGGAUCCUCUGAGAAAGAAUAUGAGCUAAAUCAGAAGAGGAUAGCUGAGCUAAGAAUGGAGCUAGAGCGUGAGAGAAGCGAGAGGAUGAAACUUGAGGAAGAAUACGAAGAGGUUAAAAAUGAAGUCAUGGAGCUGACCUCUGAGAACGAAGAGACUACCAUUCAGAAACUCCAGGACGAAAUAAAAGAAUGCAAGGCUAUUCUCAAGUGUGGCGUGUGCUUUGACCGGCCGAAAGAGGUUGUGAUCACCAAAUGCUUCCACCUAUUCUGCUCGCCAUGUAUCCAGAGGAACCUUGAGCUACGGCACAGGAAAUGCCCAGGCUGUGGCACCCCAUUUGGACAAAAUGACGUGCGGGAGGUGAAGAUCUGAUGAAACCCUGGGCCAUCUCGGCUUGAAUGACAUGGCAGCCUGCGCUGCAUGCUUGUCUCUUGUAAUUAUAUAGUUUUUUCCUUUUCUUUUUGGCAAACCCGAAGAAGCAGUAGGUUUCGAAGAAGGAAAUUCUUAACAGCUUACGUUAAUGUACCAAGGACGGAAUAAGAUAUUUCUCGUUGACUCUUGUAUGUGGUUCAGGCAGGACCUCUUUUUGCAAGGAGGUCUGAAGUACCGAGGAUAUAAUCAUGUUAUUUACAGUA